UAACGCGCACACCUUAAGACAGACAAGUCAGAAAUACACUUUCUACCAGAGCCACGUAAAAUGUCACUCAAGGGAAAAGUGGCUGUGGUGACAGGCGCUGCAGCAGGAAUUGGCAAAGCAUUCAGCGAGAUUCUCUUCAAGAAUGGAGCAAAGGUUGUUCUGCUGGAUGUGAACGAAAGCGCAGGAAAGAGUUUGAUGGAAGCUCUCAACAAGGAGGAUGGGCAAGAACGAACUCUUUUCCUGAGCUGCGACGUCCAAUCAGAGGAGCAGCUGAAAGCUGCUUUCAAGACGACCGUUGACACCUUUGGAGGUAUAGACAUCCUGUGCAACAACGCCGGCAUCCUGAAUGAGUGUGACUGGGAGCGAACGGUGGCCAUCAACCUUGUAGGUGUCAUCAAGGGGACUUACGCAGCCCUGGAGCACAUGAACAAGUUGAACGGUGGUCGAGGAGGAGUCAUUAUCAACACUGCUUCCAUGGCAGGUAUCAAACCUCUGCUGAGCUGCCCGGUCUACAGCGCCACCAAGAGCGCAGUGAUCGGCUUCUCCAGAGCCAUGGCGGGUGCUUCCACCAUGGCGGGCUUCGGCAUUCGCUUUAAUGCCCUCUGCCCAACUUUGGUGCAAACUGAGUUGCUUGCAAGCUUAAGUGAAAAACUGGGCCAAUUCACCCUACUGGAGGAGCCCACCCGGCAACUUCUAGACAAGCAUGGCGUGUUAAACGCCUCAGAGGUCGCAGAGUGCCUUCUGGAGCUGGUGACAGAUGAGAGCAAGAAUGGUGAGGCCCUCAUGGUGUCCUCCAAAGGAAAGCUGUACACCACGUUCCCUUCCAUCGAACAGGAGCCCAAAUAGUUUUCUCAUCUGAUCUGGAUUUGUCUGCUUGAGUACUGUACAAUAUAUCCGCACAUGGCUUUCAAGUUUAAUGGAUGUUAAAUGUAUUCAAAUGCUGUAUCAAAUAAAGCUUAACCGGACA